UUGAUUGUUGACAAACAGUUUUUUGUUAUUAAAGUGUGUCUUGUGUGGUAGUUUUAAAUGUAAGGAAAAAUGGUAAUUAUUCCUGCCAUCUAGACUGACUUUUACUUUCAAGGUAAUGUUAUUAGGUAUGUCAAUAUUAUUAUCUGACCAUUAAUCAUAUGCUAAUUAGUUUAUGCUGAAAUUAGAGGUGAUAAUAUUUCUUCUGUACAGAUCUCUGUGUUUCUUCUGAAACACAGAGAUGUUUGAGUCCUCACCUUUUUGGGAGUAAAUACAGUUUUCACUGAUUCUUGUGGGUUGGUUGAACAGAUCUACAGUAGCUUCUCCGAGUUACACAAGAACUAUUUAAACGAACCAGGAAUUAAAUUUGGAAAAAUUUUGUUCCCAGGUUGGUGCCUAUCACAAAACUAUGGAAUAGAUUUCUGUGUGUUUUAUAUUGUAUAGCAGUUAUAAUGUAAACCACUACAAAAUGCAGCCUUAUGACGGUUCUGAAAAUAUACCACUAAAGAUUUACAACUUCGAGCCUUGUUGUCAUUUUGGAAUUGAAGAUAUGUUUGCCAGAAUAUAGUCAGUAGUAAUACAGAUUUAUAGAGUGAUAAAUGAUGGCUUACGAAACUUGUGAAAAAAAACCAGUCUUGUUCCUGAGUGUAGUAUUGAUUCAAAAUUUGAGCUGAAGACUGACUCAAUAACAGUGACUGUAGUAUUCUGAGUUUGAGGGUUCUUGCAGAAGCAAGAGAAGCCUAGCACCCCCAUACAGUUGUACUUAAUUUAAAAAGGCAGAAUUGUGUAAAAAAUUAGGCAACUUGCUAAAGAGAAGCUUAAAAUGAAUGCUAACAGAAUAAAAUCUGAACAUCCUUACUUGCUGCGAAGAACAAACAUGGAACUGUAAGAAGAGACUUGAGGUGUACCAAGGGGUGGGCCAGUAUAGCUAAGUAUGUGGGGAAGGGAAGGUAUUGCACAUAAGAAGUCAUCCUUCCAAAAACUGAAGUAAUCUGACCGACACAGAUAUGUCAGUGUAAGUUUAAAAGCACAAUAAAGCAUAUCCAAGAAGUCUGAAGUAUAAGUAGUUUAAGGUAUAGAAAUGAAUAGUAAGGGUUUUAAAUGUAUUAGGAGAAAUACGUCAUCAUACAUGCAUUAGAAGCAGAAUAUUUUCCAGAGAAUUCAUGGACUUGAGAUGACUAAGGCAUAUGAUAGAAUGCUGAAAUAAAGUAAUGCUAUAGCAGAAAGCACGUUUUUCUUCUCUGCAUAUCUUCUCAUUGAGGAAGAGUUGGGGAAAGAGAUUGUUUGCAAAGAAAAUGACCAGUGACUUAUUCUGAGAUCCAGAAUAAUUUUCUGCUGGAAUCUGAGGCAUCUGUCUUCACUACUCUAAAGGAUAUAUUUUUAUGGACUACGUGGUUCACUGCUGCUUACAAGUGAAGAGGCAUUUGCUGGAAGGGAAGACAUACGCCUCAAAGUUACUGGAGCAAGAAUGUGGAUAUGAGCUGGAGGAAGAUGAAGAAGAAUCUGACAUGGAACUAGAGCGACAAAAUAUUGAAGAGCUUUACGACUUUGUAAGACACACCCAUCAGCAGGAUAUCCAGUUACUUAGAAAGGAUGUGCAGCAUCCUGCAUUAAUUCCCAUUCUGAGGCCAUACCAAAGUGAGGCUGUGAAUUGGAUGCUUCACCGAGAGAACCACACAAACGCUCCAAGCAGUGAAAAUGCACUGCACUUCUUAUGGCGGGAGGUGAUCACUCUGGAUGGAGUAAAAAUCUACUAUAAUCCAUUCACUGGCUGUAUUAUCCGUGAAUACCCAACUGCUGGACCCCAGUGGCCUGGAGGUAUUUUGGCAGAUGAGAUGGGUCUUGGAAAAACAGUAGAAGUGUUGGCUCUUAUUCUGAAUCAUACUGGACCAGAUAUUAAACAAGAUGAUCUGACAUUACCUGAGGGUAAGCUUGUGAACUUCUUUGUUCCUCCUCAACCUUUAGAAGGAAAUAAAAAGAAAAAACCAAAGGAAAUGGAGCCUAAAUUGAAGGAAAAAAUACAAUAUCCCAGCUUACGAGUGAUGAUAUUAACAGCUGUAAAAGAAAUGAAUGUGAAGAAAGGAGCAUCCAUCGUUGCAAUAUUUAAGUACAUCAGUGCUAUUUAUAGGUAUGACACACAGAGAAAUAGACGGCUUCUCAAAAGAACUUUAGAAAAGCUAAUUGCAGAACAUGUAGUAGAGCAAGUCAAAGGACAUGGUCUGGCUGGGUCUUUCAAGCUGGGAAAGAAUUACAAGGAACAGAAGAAGCGAGAAAGAACCAAAGAGCAGGUAGCAAAGACUUCAGAAAAUACUCAGAAGAAGCAGCUGACUGAUGCUAAAACUCAAACCAAAGAAUCAAAAAAUAGUGGUAUCACAUCUGAACACAUCUGUAAAACUGCUUCACAGGUGGAUAUUGCCAUGGAAGAACAUGAUUAUUGUACACCUAGCAAAAAUAACAAGAAAUCUGAACCAGAUCGUGAGAACUCUGUAAAAGAGAAUAAUGUUAAGCAGGAAACUGUCAUCCCAAAAUCUCCUGAUUUGCAUGGCAGCCUCCUUGUCUCCAGUGACAUGAGUAGUCAUCCUGAUUUUGAUGUUUCUAAAACUACAGCCGAUGUCCAGCAGGAAAUCCCAAAGGUCCCGUCCUCACAUUCCCAAGAACAUGCUGACAGUAGUGUACAACAUACCAGUUCUGUAUUUCCAUUUAAUACCUCUGAAUAUCGUUUUGAAUGCAUCUGUGGUGAGCUUGGACUGGCUGACUACAAAGCUCGUGUGCAGUGCCUGAAAUGCUACUUAUGGCAGCAUGCAGAAUGUGUAAACUACAAAGAGGAAAACCUGAAGAGCAGGCCCUUCUACUGUCCCCAUUGCCUUGUGGCAAUGAAACCAGUUCCCACAGGAGCGACUCUGAUAAUUUCUCCAAGUUCUAUUUGUCAUCAGUGGGUAGAUGAGAUCAAUAGGCAUGUAAGAUCAUCUUCUCUUCGCGUUCUGGUGUAUCAAGGUGUGAAGAAGCAUGGCUUUUUGCAGCCACACAUGUUGGCGGAGCAGGAGGUGGUUAUCACCACGUAUGAUGUCCUGCGCACUGAACUGAACUAUGUGGACAUCCCCCACAGCAACAGCGAAGAUGGGCGCCGCUUCAGGAACCAGAAGCGGUACAUGGCCAUCCCAAGCCCCUUAGUAGCAGUGGAGUGGUGGAGGAUCUGCCUCGAUGAAGCACAAAUGGUUGAAUGCACUACUGCAAAGGCUGCUGAAAUGGCACUCCGUUUAAGUGGAAUCAAUCGCUGGUGUGUCAGUGGUACUCCUGUGCAGCGAGGAUUAGAAGAUCUGUAUGGAUUAGUCCUUUUUCUUGGAGUUGAUCCUUACUGGGUCAAACAUUGGUGGGACCAACUUUUAUAUCGACCUUAUUGUAGGAAAAAUCCCCGGCCUCUUUACAGUCUAAUUGCGAAGAUAAUGUGGAGAUCAGCAAAGAAGGAUGUGAUUGAUCAAAUUCAAAUACCCCCUCAGACAGAAAAUAUACACUGGCUUCACUUCUCUCCUGUGGAGAGACACUUCUAUCAUCGCCAGCAUGAGGUGUGCUGCCAGGAUGCAUUGGCAAAACUCAGGAAAAUUUCAGACUGGACUCUUAAGCUUAGCAGCCUAGAUAGAAGGACUGUGACUUCCAUACUAUACCCAUUGCUACGGCUGAGGCAGGCCUGCUGUCAUCCACAAGCUGUUCGGGGAGAGUUCUUGCCAUUACAGAAAAGCACCAUGACCAUGGAGGAACUGUUAGCAUCUCUGCAAAAGAAAUGUCGAACGGAGUGUGAAGAAGCUCACCGACAGCUAGUGUGUGCUCUUAAUGGCUUAGCUGGUAUCCAUAUCAUUAAAGGAGAAUAUGCAUUGGCUGCGGAGCUAUACAGAGAAGUAUUAAGAUCAUCUGAAGAGCACAAAGAAAAGCUCAAAACAGAUUCCUUGCAAAGACUUCAUUCUACACAUAAUUUGAUGGAAUUGUUGGCAAAGCACCCGGGAAUUCCCCCAACUUUGCGUGAUAGCCGACUUGCAGAAGAGGCAGAACAACUUCGACAACAUUAUAUGAGUAAAUCCAAUGCAGAAGUUGCAGAAGCCCAUCAGGCCUUACAGCCCGUUCUUCAGACCAUUCGGGAGCUCCAGAGAAAGAUACAUUCCGGUUCUCCUUGGUGGUUGGAUGUCAUCCAGACAGCAAUACAGUAUGCCAUUGAUGAGGAGCUUGUUCAACGCGUACAAAACGAAAUAACCUGCAACUACAAACAGCAGACUAAUAAACUCUCCAUGGCAGAGAAAUUCCGUGACUGCAGAGGCCUUCAAUACCUGCUCACAACCCAGCUGGAUGAAGUGAAGAAGUUCCAAAAGAUUGUAAGAGAAGCAGUGAAAAACUUAGAAGGGCCUCCUUCUAAGCAGGUUAUUGAGGCUGCCACUAUCUGCCAUUUGCGACCUGUUAGACUUCCACUCAACAACUGUGUCUUUUGUAAGGCUGACGAAUUGUUCACAGAAUAUGAGUCGAAGCUCUUUAUGCAUAGUGUUAAAGGCCAAAUGGCAAUAUUCGAGGAGAUGAUAGAAGACCAAGAGGGGCUUGUUGAUGACCGUUUGCCCACUACAAGUAGAGGACUGUGGGCAACCAGUGAAACUGAACGUGCCUUGAAAGCUCUUCUCUCCUUUGCCAAAGCUCACCGAAUGGAUGUUAGGCUAACUGAAGAAGGGAGCGUAUUUCUGGAACUCUUUGAAGCAUGGAAGAAGGAAUAUAAGUUACUUCAUGAAUAUUGGAUGGUACUUAGGGAUCAUGUGUCUGCUAUUGAUGAACUGGCAAUGGCUACAGAAAGACUGAGAGUGCGUCAUCCUGAUGAGCCAAAACCAAAUCCACCAGUUCUCCACAUCAUAGAACCACAUGAGGUAGAGCAAAAUCGAGUGAAACUUCUGAAUGACAAGGCAGUUGCCAAAUCACAACUUCAGAAGAAAUUGGGACAACUUCUAUAUCUCACUAAUCUGGAGAAAUCUCAGGAUAAAACUACUGGGGGAGUUAACCCAGAACCGUGUCCAAUCUGUGCUCGUCAGCUGGGAAGACAGUGGGCAGUGCUGACAUGUGGACAUUGCUUUUGUAACGAGUGUAUAGCCAUCAUCAUCCAACAGUACAGCGUUGGCACCCGCCGGAGCUCAAUUAAGUGUGCCAUCUGCAGGCAGACAACAUCCCAUAAAGAAAUAUCGUAUGUCUUUACUGCAGAAGCUGCAAAUCAGGAGGAUGAUAUUCCUGUAAAGGGAAGUCACUCCACCAAAGUGGAAGCUGUGGUCCGAACACUGAAGAGAAUUCAAUUUAAAGAUCCAGGGGCUAAAUCCUUAGUUUUCUCAACGUGGCAAGAUGUAUUGGAUAUAAUUUCAAAAGCUUUGUAUGACAACAACAUGAUUUUUUCUCAGAUCAAUGGAAUUAGUAAAUUUCAGGAAAAUCUUUCUGCAUUUAAAUAUGAUCCCAACAUCAAUAUUUUGCUGCUGCCUCUUCACACUGGUUCCAAUGGACUAAACAUCAUCGAAGCAACACACGUUCUGCUUGUGGAACCCAUUCUGAAUCCAGCACAUGAGCUACAGGCUAUUGGCAGAGUACAUCGUAUUGGCCAAACAAAAUCUACCAUUGUUCACAGGUUCCUGAUAAAAGCAACAAUAGAAGAGAGAAUGCAGACUAUGUUGAAAACUGUAGAUAGAAGUCACACGAGCUCUUCCAUGAAACAGUCAGAAGCCUCAGUGUUGACAGUGGCAGAUUUGGCUGACCUUUUUACAGAGGAAACUGAAGAACUUGAGUAAAAACAUUGGUUUGUCCUAAUGAAAUCAGAAAGUACCUGAUAUAAUAAGCACCAGGAUAUAAUCCACUUGAUCUAUUGUUCCUGUAAACAUCAUCUAACAUUUGUUACAGAGUGAUUGGAAAUUGAAAAGUCUUAAUUGUUACUGUUUUAUUCUUUGGUGAAGCUCAUAGCAGCACACACUUCUGAUGGCACUGGAGAAAAGUUGCACUUUGCACAUUAUACAAAAACAUGGAUUUUAUUCCCAAAGAGCAUUUGAGCUGGAUGCUAAAACUGAGAUCUUGGACCCUUGGUUGAGAGGAUUUUUACCAUCAGGUUUGAUUGGCUAGUAGCUCUGUCUGAGAGCAAAACUAUGUGGGUGGUUGGGUGGGAAAGGGAAGCAGAAAAAUACAAAUCUAAUUUUUUUUACUGUACAAAGAGAUGUUAGAAAGAAUGACUGUAAAUUAAUAUUCUUCUAGAAAGGGCUUGUUAGAUUUAAUGCAGAGUUACUAAAUGUCUUAUUGUUAAAACUUCAAAUGACUAAUCUUUACUAAUAAUUUGGAUAUUUGUAUUAGGCUUUUAGAUAUUCAUAAAGACUUGUGACAGUUAAAUAUUUCAUUGUUAAUGCUUACUUAUUGCAAAAAGAUGAUAAUUAAAUUAUGCUUUUUGUAUAUAUGUUGGUCUGGUGAUCAGUUAAAGACUUGAACUUGCUGUACAUGUUUUCACUUGAAGCCGUGACUAAUUUAGUACUCUGUUUAAAAAAAAAGGCAUUUGUUACAGAAUUUUCAAAAAAUUAAUUGGUUAAGCUGCUGAUCACUUUGGAAUCAUAUGGUGUGCUUGUGUGCAUUUUCUCACUAUGAUAUUUUUGUCUAGUUCUCCCCCUUAAAGAUACAGCAAUUUAAAUAUACAAAAUAGAUGAAAUUAAGGUAGGCAGUCUAAUUCUUAGGUGCCUGGUCUAAGUUAGAUAAACAGUGGAAAGACAUGGAACUUUGUGAAGUUUUGUCUUGAUAUGCGAGAUCACUCUACGCUAUCUCUGUUAACAGUAGAUAGUUUGGAAAACAAAUCCAGGCUAACUUUUAGACUGCUAAAAGUAGGCAAGAUAAAUUUUAAGCCUUUUGACAUAGGUUAUGAAUUCACACUUAUAUAACAUUUGUUUCUGAAGGUGUUACAGAAGCAAGCUCAGUUACACAGUUGAUGUUAAACACAAGUUUGUGUUUAGAGAGUGAGCAUAAGCAACAGGCUAUGUCCCUCAAAUUACAAUAUUUACUGUUUCAGUAGGCAAUGUAUUUUGUAUAUUUUAAAAAUCUUACUUAAGGUGGAAAUUAAAAUUAGUUCUGUAAGAAA